CACAGAAGCACCAGUUGGGUCUAAUCAAUCAAUAGACAAAAUUAAAACCUACGAUCUCUAGGUAAUGAAAUCUCUUUGAUGAUGAGAACGUACGCGAUGGACUAACAUAUGCUGCACAGUGGAUAUAUAUUUAGCAUCACACGCAGGCAGUAUUUAUGAUUGAGUUUCACGAUAGAGUUUGCUAUUGGUAAAGGCGCUAUAUAUCGAGUAUGAUCUGGUGUUCAAUAAGUAUACAAUAUAUAAGCCAAUAUGCGGCGCUUGGGAUUGCGCCAACCCACAAAGGCGCAAGGCAUUCAUUCAGAAGGCAAGCGUCCUGUCGACCUGCAAUCAUUGGAUGUUCAGAACUCAGAAUUGUCUAAAGGUCAAAAUGAGCAACACACUACAAAGGACUCGGCCAGCAUGGCAACAGAGAACACAGUUAAACACCGCACUGCGCACAGAGCAACCGUGGAUCUGCGCAUAGCUGGAUUGCUUGACGGCCUCGAUGACGACAGUUUUUUUGGGGACGAUAUGAUCAUAGCAAACGAACCAAGCACAGGUGUAGAUAAGAAUACAACAAUUGAGGCGAACACAGGCAUAAUUGCAUACACAGCUAUCAGGUUAAACCCAACACAUAGCAUCAAUACAGAGAAGGAUAUGGGCGCUAAACUUGACCGAAGGAAAGUAGGGGGCAUUAACAGUGCGGAAUACCAACAGAGUGAGAAUUCAAACGUCGAUGUUAUGACAACUGAAGAUGAGAAAAAUGCACAAUAUAUGGAUACGCAUGUGGGUACUGAUGAUGCGGGCGAUCGGGCCGCAAAUAUUGAUCGCGAGUUGAUGAACAUGUGUGCUCCAGUCUCAAUUGGUACUAACAAUAACCUCAGUGGUGAAAAUGGGUAUUGUGCUACGGACAGUAGGAAUAGUCACAGUGCUGUGCACCCAGGAAUGAAGCGCAAUGUGGAAUAUGGCUUUGGUGUAGCGAACAAUUUGAUAAAUCACAGUACUCAUGAUGCUGCACCAGGUCAUGGUGGCAAUGAUAGCCAUAGCGCUGUGUUUACCCACACUGUUAAUACACAUAGUGUUUUAAGUGGUGGCAAAGGGGUACUCACUGGCAGAGCUACCGAUGCAUCAGCUGUUUGCCAACAAAACGAAGCUAAUAAACUGACGGCUACUGUGGCAUCAUCAUUUGGCAGGCAAGAGACUGCACCGAUACCUCAUGAGCUACAAGAGGCGCGAAAGGGCCCAAAAGUUAAUGAAGAGAUGCAAAGGGUACCCUCGGUGUCGCCAAAUGGGCAGAGGGGCACUGAUAGUCUACACGAGGUGUACAUUGGGGGCCAAAGAUCUGUAGCAUGCAUACUUAGGAGGCCAAGCGAUGAUCUGGUUGAUCCACAAAUUGAAGAGCACUCGCAGGUGAGCCAGGCACAGUACGGCAUGACAGAAGACCUGAGUCCGGAAAGGCAGCGAUUAUCAGUUGAAAAGGGCCAGACUCCUGUUGCAAGUGGCGACCGAUUAAACAUAUCCUACUGGGUGUCCAAGAAGGCCGCCAGCGCCUAUCAGGCGUAUGCCAAUGUAGUGCAAAUGUUCGAGUGGCAGGCAGAGUGCAUGGCCUAUGCAGUGGAAGGACUUAAGAAGGGCAGAGGCAUUGUAUACAGCGCUCCUACAUCGGGCGGUAAAACUCUUGUGGCUGAACUACUCUUGAUUAGACGCAUCCUUACAACAAAGAAGAAGUGCCUGUUUAUUGUGCCUUACAACAGUAUCGUGGUGGAGAAAUCGGCCCAUUUCGUCAAGCUGUUCAAAACCCUUAACCUCGUGGUGUACAACUAUGGAGGUCCACAGAACACUUUUACUUUCGAGAGAGCGGAUUUGAUCGUUUGCACUGCAGAGAAAGCCAACGGCAUCUGCAACAAACUCAUCGCCGAGCAUAAGAUGCACACUCUUGGGAUGGUUGUAGUUGAUGAAUUGCAUAUGGUCGCCGAUGACAAGAGAGGGUCAAUUCUGGAGAUGUUGAUGAUCAAGAUCAUGGCUGCCAAAGCGGGCAUGGGCCACUCAAUUCCCACCACACAGAUAUCUACUCAGGCAUCAACACAGAUGCAAACACAGACACAGAUACAUACGCAGAUGCAAUCGCAAUCGUCGUAUAUGAUGAAUAUGACGCAGGCAGGACUGGCACAGACGCAGGAGCAAUUUUUAAAGGGAACGCAGAAUUGUACCCCAAAUAAUGGAGACACCCGCUGCAGCAUCCAGGUCGUCGCCAUGAGUGCCACAUUAUCUAAUCUGAAGGUGCUUGCAGAAUGGUUGGAUGCAGAAAUGUACGUCACUUCAUUUCGUCCGGUUGAGCUCGUGCAAUACUUCAAAUUCGGGCGCGGUAUCUACGACACAGAGGGUAAGUUCGUACGCGACUUCCUGCAAACUGCACCUGAUGAUCCUAAACCAGACUUUCUGGUUGAGAAACAGGACAGUACGAAGUAUGAGUACAAGCACGCUGCUGUGGACCAGAGUGGUCUCGCUCCACUAUGUUGGGAAACAGUGAAAUCGGGUCACUCGGUUCUGAUAUUCUGUCAGACGCGGAAGUUCUGCCAAAACUCGGCGCGUCUGGUCAACAACUGCAUGCCAUCGGCAUUGCAGACAGACGAAAGGGAAGCACUGGUAGACCUCGUGUCGCGCUAUAAACAGAUACCAACUGGCUGGGACAAAGAAUUGGUACCGUUGAUGCUCAAUGGAAUCGCAUACCAUCAUAGUGGGCUGACCCUGGACGAAAGAGAACUCGUAGAAGAAGGCUUUCGGCGGAAUAUCAUCAAAGUUUUAACCGCCACCACAACCCUCUCGUCUGGUGUCAAUCUGCCUGCACGGCGGGUGAUAUUCCGGACCAUUAUGCAGAGUCGAUGGAAUGUUACCAAAGUGAUGUACAACCAGAUGAAGGGUCGCGCUGGAAGAACUGGGAAGGACGAUAUGGGCGAGUCCAUUAUAAUAUGCAAAGAUCGCAAUGAAAAGCAAAUGGCCAUAGAGCUCAUGGGAACAGCCAUUCCACCCGUCAAAAGCGCCCUGGGCAAUCUGUCUGUGAAAUCACUCACCAAUCCUAGUGCAUCUAGUUCGGACAGAUCUGGCCCCAAAAGUGAGGCUACAGACAGUAAGAGUCCAGUAAACUCGUGGACCUCGAGCCGAGCAUGGAUGAACAUUCUGAAUUAA